UGAAACACAACUCUCUUUCUUAGGAAAAGAAACUAAGAAACAGCACUGAGCAGGCAAUUGGACUCAGACAUGGAGUUUGGCUGCAGAUAUAUUUAUGUUGCUGAGCAGACCCUUACACAUCAUGCGGAGCCCAAUAUUCCUCCACUGUGUAUGUCAAUUACACCCCAGCCUCUGCCGAAGGAACCUCUGUAUGAUUUCACAGAACCUGACCUCGCUACAUAUGAUAAUGCGAGGCUAGAAGGCAUAUCUCACGAUUUCACGAUUAAUGACAAUUCUUACAACCAAAGAGAGUCCUUGAUUAAAGUUGUCCAGCCACCCACAACAGAAAUUAUUCAAGAGCCGCUUCCCCACACAGAAAAUACGUAUUAUAGUUUUCAAGGACCAACUUCAGAAGACCUGAUAAGUUUUGACAUCCCUCCUCCUAUUCCUUCCCGCAAAAUGAAACCUGCUUUAAUUAAUGUUCCUGAUAUCAUCAUUCCAGUUUCUGCUCCCCUCGACCCCGAACCUGGUAAAACCUUGAAUGGGAACAUGAAUGGUGAAGAAAAAGCCCAGCCUUAUUAUGAAGCCAAAGAGUCACCUCCACAAGAAACUUAUGAUUAUGCUUAUCAAGAUUUCCGAAAUCGGAAUUCAACGGAACCGAUAAGUGAAAAUAUGCCGCCUCCUAUUCCAUGUCGCAAAAAUAAACCUACAUUGUCGAAUGUUCCUCCUACUAUCAUCCCGAUUUCUGGUCUACUCGCCCCUGAGGCCACCAAACCAGGCAGUAUUUAUUAUGGCAGCCCGAAUAUUGAAGAAAACACUCAGCUGUAUGCUGAAGCCACCAGCGAGACAUGUUUGUAUGAAAGUGUACCAUCAGAAAGUUCAACAGAUUUGAGUGAAAUUAUUCCACCCCUUAUCCCAUCUCGUUCAAAGAGGUCUUCAGUGUUUGAUGAUCCAGCUUUUCUGUUUACUGGACUGCUCUUCCCGGGGCUCCCUCAUUCUGAGUCACUUCCUAUUAGUACAUUAAAAGAAGGGAAUGUGUAUGAGGGUGUUCCAUCACCAACAUCAGUAGAUGAAACUCAAGAUCCGAUGCCACCACCUGUUCCAAGUCGAGAGAAGAAGCUGUCAAUGGUCCAUACACACGAAAUUCAGAAGUCAUCAUUCAGUAACUUACCUCCUGAACAAUUUUAUGUGGAUGUACUACCUGCAACUUCUGAAGAGAUGAAUAAGAGAAAGUCACCUUUUGGGAACCCACCAGUUCCAGAACUUCAUCCAAGGCCAGUCUGCAAUAACCCACCAGUACCACCACCAUCUCCUAGGCCAGUUUGUAAGAACCCACCAGUACCACCACCAUCUCCUAGGCCAGUUUGUAAGAACCCACCAGUACCACCACCAACUCCAAGGCCAGUCUCCAAUAACCUACCAGUACCACCACCAACUUCCAGGCCAGUCUACAAUAUCCCAGCAGUACCAACUUCAUCUCCCAGGCCAGUCUGCGAGAACCCAGCAGUUCCCCCACCGCCUCCCAGUGCAGUGCACGAAACUACUGUAACUUCAACCCCUGCUUCUAUUGAGAUGCCCCAGUUACCAGCAAACUGCAAUAUUCUGCUCCUGAAUAUCGGGAAGUUGAUAGAUACGUGUGAUACCACAAUGAACACGGAAACCCCAUCUUUGUGUAGAAGUUGUAAUGCCUGUCUAUCUACUUUGAACCAAGUACAAGAAAACAAGACUUGGACUUGUGUUUUCUGUGGUACUGGGAAUUUCAUUGGAGAGAAUGAACAAUAUAACAGCUUAGGAGAUCAGUUCUUCUUCCGAGGACAGCAGAAUGUUGAAGAUGACCUGUUAAUAUUUUGCAUUGACAUCUCUGGGAGCAUGAGUGUGACAAUAGAGACGCUGUAUGACAACAGGCCUGGAUCUAAUGACCAAGUUUUGUACACGUCAAGAAUGGAGGCCAUGAAAUCUGGAUUGAUAAAAUGCCUUAAUUUCCUCCAUAGUCAUCACCCAAAGAAAAGAGUGGCCCUCGUCACGUUCAGUGACCAGGUGAAGCUACAUGGCGAUGGUAUGUCAGAACCUCAGGUUCUGGAAGAUUGUGAGCUUCUGGAUACAGACUACUUAAAAUCACAGGGUGAAAACCAGCCGCUACCAAGGACAAUCGAAGAAACUUUGGGUUCACUGGAGUCACAGAUUGAAAACCUCAAUGAAACUGGAGCGACAGCGCUCGGACCUGCGGCACUGGUUUGCAUUGCAAUGGCUUCUCAAAAACCAGGAUCCAAGGUGAUCAUUUGCACAGAUGGAAGGGCUAACACAGACUUGGGGAACUUGGAAGACAUUGCAGAAGAAUAUGUGUACCAGUCAUCCCGACUCUAUUACAGUAACCUGGCAGAGAUGGCUCUUCAGCACAGUGUCGUUGUCUCCGUGGUGACUAUAGAAGGUACAGAUUGCAGGCUGCCGGAAUUGGGACAGCUAGCUGACAAAACUCGAGGGAAGGUGAAUAUUGUACAUCCCUUAAAGCUGGCUGAUGAAUUCCACUCCAUAGUCAGUGAAGAAUUAAACGCUACAGACGUGAAAGUAAAAGUCUAUCUACCAAACUCCAUGCAUUUUCUACAUGAAGCCCAUACUGAGUCCGUAAUGGAGAAGAUGAUUGGUUGCUCCACGUCUGAUACAAUGUUAACCGCAGAAUUCAACAUCAAGCCACCAAAGAUUCAGGAAGUACUACGCCAAUCCCAGCUCCCAGUUCAAGUGCAAUUAACAUUUUCACUGCCGGAUGGAAGGUGUGGAAAUCGAAUUUUGAGCCAGAGAAGGCCUGUGACUAAUGACAGUUCUGCUGCCCUCGAUUCCAUUAAUCUGAGUGUCCUGCAGAUUCACACGGCUCAAAUUAGUUCUCAUCUGGCUAUGGAAGGACGUGUGGAUGAGGCAAGCAAAGUAGCUCUAGCCCUGAAAGCACUCAUUGCCCAAGUUAUGCAACAUGAGAAUUAUGAGAACCAAGGAGAAGAGUAUGAUGAGUGGGAGAACUGUAUGGCCCCAGUUUAUGAAGAUCUGCAGGGCUAUGCGAAGAGAGACUCAAAGAAGAGCAGUGAUGGGACACAUACAGAUGCUCCGGUUUUAAAAACAUUUUCUGAUGAAAUGGCAAAUAUGAUGUUCCACUUGAAGUCAGCCAAGAAGAAAAUGCUGCAGAAGCUGAAGCAUCAAGCCGCGAAUUGACAAGCCUGUAUAUUCUGAGAAAGUAAUUCUCUCAUCUGGAGAACAUUCUAGAAGGCAGCAGCCACCACAGGAGCUUUUGGAAGAACGGUGUGUGAAAAAAACAUUAACACAUCUGGAAUUUUAGUUCUCAUUCUGAGAAGAAAAAUAAAAGAUUUUGGUGAGGUUGCCUUACUGCUGUUCUGUGCACAAUAGACUAUGGCCAGUAUACAAAUCAGAUGUUCGACUCCAACUGUGUGACCGUGCACACAUGCAAAAUAAAAUCAUGUUUUCUAUAGCGGUCCAGUUACACUGUAACCGUCCUACAGCUCCAGAAUGCUGUGUACAUCCUGUUUAG